AUGUUACAUACAAUUUUACAAAUCGGAAGUUGCUUCCCUUGUACCAACGAAAUAGUAACAGAUGGUGCCGCGUGUAUUAAAAUUUGUAUGAUAGUGACCAACCGAUAUGCAGUGGCUCGGAGAAGACGUAAAGAGAGUCGACCACGUCGCCAAAGAACAACCUUCUCAGCACAUCAAACCCUUCGUCUUGAAUUGGAAUAUGCGAGAGGCGAAUAUGUAGCGAGGACGCGAAGAUGUGAGCUGGCAUCUGCACUGUCUCUAAGCGAAACGCAAGUGAAAAUUUGGUUCCAAAACCGAAGAGCUAAAGAUAAAAGAAUUGAAAAGGCGCAUCUUGAUCAACAAUACAGACAAAUAGCAGCCGCGUCAGGUUUCUUCCCAACCAUACUCACCACACCUUUCGGCCAGCCUCCUCCAUGUCCGUGCCUGCCAGUUCAUCCACAGCAAGCGAUCCACAAAUAA